ACCUUAUCAAAAGGGUUCUUUGUUAAUUGUUACGAAAAAAAAAUGUGUGGUCAUCUUCUAUUGCUAGCAACCCCCUAUAUCCAUGACCCCUUUAUAAAAAGCACAAAAGUCACCAAAACAUUAACAAAUACUAAAGAGUAAAGAGAUGGGUGGUGGUGGUGGUGUUACUAACAUAAUGGUGGUAGUGGCGGUGGUACUAGCCGUAUCAUCAUGGUUGGUCCCGACAAGAGCAGGGCUAAGUGCCGCCGAGUGCCAUGAAGAGAGACGACUAGCAGUAAAUGCUUGCAAGUCGGUGUUGCAUGUGGGGGUCCCGAGCCCACAAUGUUGCCAACGUGUGAGGGUUAGCCACGCGGAGUGUAUAUGUCCUGAUGUGACGCCUGAGGUGGUUGCGAUCAUUGGGGACAUCAAUCGAGCCAUUAGGCUAGUCGAAAGAUGUGGUAGAAGAGUUCCUCAUCAUUUCAAGUGUGGAAGUAUCACUACAUGAAAAUUUGAUCGUGGAAUGUAUGUACUUGAUUGGCUAUAAUGGUGCAGCUGAAAAUAAUGGAGUCAAAUUACGUUAAGUUGGUCAAAAAGAAAAUAUAUGUAACAAUUAUUAAUUAUGUACUUGAGUUUGCACCUAAGCUUCUAUUAAAAUGAACAUAGUAUUUUUAUUUU